UCCGCCUUCGCGGCGGGGGGGAUGGUCCGUAGGCGCAGGUGAGGUCUCUGUAGGGCCAUAGAGUUUGAGCCAAGCCUCCUGUUUAUGAGCAGACUCGGACGCAGAGACGCCUGCGAACCCGAGAGGUAGAGAGCUCGACCGCCCAGGAAAAGGGCGAGUGGGUCGGCAGGUGCGAGGCAAAAGCAAACUCUGUACAGGGUCCUCAGAAACCCGUCGGGGUCCGCGCCGCUCCCCAGGCCAUGGUGCUGCAAGAACUCUGGGCGAUCCCCAGGUGAGGGCAGCGGCUCCGUCCGGGGUUUCUACCGCAGAAGAACUGGGUAGAUGCGGGGUGGGGAAGAAAGGAUGCUGCCCGUUCUGCUCCCCGGUAGCACCCUGAGCGGCCGCAGUUGCCGCAGCUGCAGCAGACAACACAGCGCAGGCCGAGGAGGCGGCUCGAGCUGCUGGUAAAGUCGCCCAACAGCUAUUUGUGUGUAGGAUGCGAGUUGAUAAAACAGCCAAAGAUCAGGGCUCCCCAUUACAAUCUCCUUCGAGCUCUUUUUCCUUGCUAUUCGGAGCUGAUUUAUGUGGAAACAUGCCUUGCACUUGUACCUGGAGGAACUGGAGACAAUGGAUUCGACCUUUAGCGGCGGUCAUCUACCUAGCGAUCGUAAUGGUUGCGGUUCCCCUUUGCGUGUGGGAAUUACAGAAACUGCAGGUUGGAAUACACACCAAGGCUUGGUUUAUCGCUGGAAUAUUUUUAUUGUUGACUAUACCUAUAUCACUAUGGGGGAUAUUGCAACAUUUAGUGCAUUAUACACAACCGGAACUACAGAAACCAAUAAUAAGGAUUCUUUGGAUGGUACCCAUAUACAGUUUAGAUAGUUGGGUAGCUUUGAAAUACCCCAGCAUCGCAAUAUAUGUGGAUACCUGCAGAGAAUGUUACGAAGCUUAUGUCAUUUACAACUUUAUGGGAUUCCUUACCAAUUAUCUAACUAACCGGUAUCCAAAUCUGGUGUUAAUCCUUGAAGCCAAAGAUCAACAGAAACAUUUCCCUCCUUUAUGUUGCUGUCCACCAUGGACUAUGGGAGAAGUAUUGCUGUUUAGGUGCAAGCUGGGUGUAUUGCAGUAUACAGUUGUCAGACCAUUCACUACCAUCAUUGCUUUAAUCUGUGAGCUGCUUAGUGUAUAUGAUGAAGGCAACUUUAGUUUUUCAAAUGCUUGGACUUACUUGGUUAUAAUAAACAAUAUGUCACAAUUGUUUGCCAUGUACUGUCUGUUGCUGUUUUACAAAGUCCUGAAGGAAGAACUGAGUCCAAUCCAGCCUGUUGGCAAAUUCCUUUGUGUAAAGCUGGUGGUUUUCGUAUCUUUUUGGCAAGCAGUAGUUAUUGCUUUGUUGGUAAAAGUUGGCGUUAUUUCUGAAAAGCACACAUGGGAAUGGCAAACCGUAGAAGCUGUGGCUACAGGACUCCAAGACUUUAUUAUCUGUAUUGAGAUGUUCCUCGCGGCUAUUGCUCAUCACUACACUUUCUCAUAUAAACCAUAUGUCCAAGAAGCAGAAGAGGGCUCAUGCUUUGAUUCCUUUCUCGCUAUGUGGGAUGUUUCAGACAUUAGGGAUGAUAUUUCAGAACAAGUAAGGCAUGUUGGAAGGACAGUCAUGGGACAUUCUAGGAAAAAAUUUUUUCCUGAGGAUCAAGAUCAAAAUGAACAUACAAGCUUGUUAUCAUCAUCAUCACAAGAUGCAAUUUCUGUUGCCUCUUCUGUGCCACCUUCACCCGCGGGUCACUAUCAAGGGUUUGGACAUACUUUGACUCCCCAGACUACACCUACUAUAGCUGACAUAUCCGACGAUACAUGUAAUAGCACAGAAGAGAGACAAGAACCUUCAGAUAAACCCGUGGUCUCCUGAACAGUGUGUGAAGCAAACGACACUACUACCACAUUACUUCAGUACAUGGUAUCGCAUUGCUCAGGAUUUUAUGCUUGGGACAAGCCAUAAAUGAUGGGAAAUUUCAACACAAAAAUAGGUGGAAGCCAGGUACUAUUGGAUUUAUAACUAAAUUUUGUAUAUCACAAAUAAUCAGUCUAAAUAUCCUAGACAUCAACUCAAUUUCUUAACAUUAGAGUAUCACAUACUAAAAUGGUAGAAAAUGGCAUUGUACUAAAUGUUCCUGAUUUUACAUUGUUUAUCAAGAGAAUGGGCAUUAAAAAAAAAUCAACGCUUUCUACUACCACUGCUGCAUGAAUAUGAUGCUCUGGAAUUAGCAGAAAGUAUAAUUCAAAAAUAUGGAUUAGUCGAACGUAAUUAUAAUCAUGUGCCAUAUAUGCUAACAAUUAUUUCUCUAUUUCACAACUGGAUGUCUUUCAAUAAAUAAGAAUUUAUCGUUUUC